AUGACGCCGCCAACUCCUGCUCCGACUUAUCCAACGCCACCCACUAGUGGAUACAACGUUACUUUUUCGAUGUAUCUGAUCGAAAGUAUGAUGACGAUGGAUAUGAGAAGGUGUUAUUAUUUGAAUCAGACCAAACAAAUCGUCUACGAAACCUUAAAAGGCCUGGACGACUCGGUCGGAGUCACAUUUUUAACAUAUGGAAAAACGGGAGAAUCGGCCUCGAUGACCGAUAUGAUGUCCCGAGCCCAAGCUAUGGAUGCCGUGGUGAAAAUACAAAUGCACGGGAUGAUUAUGGUAGCCAACGAGACUGCG